AUGUCUCUUGAAGAGUCUCUUAGAUCUCUCUCCCUUGACUACCUGAACCUCCUGAUCAACGGGCAAGCCUUCAGCGACGUGACUUUCCAAGUGGAAGGUCGUUUGGUUCACGCUCAUCGCUGCAUCUUAGCAGCAAGGAGUCUCUUUUUCAGGAAAUUCUUUUGUAGGCCCGAUCCACCAUCGGGACUAGACCCGACAGGAGGAGGAUCAUCUCGACAAACAACAGCAAGAACUGGUGUCAUCCCGGUGAACUCUGUUGGAUACGAGGUGUUCCUCCUACUCUUGCAGUUUCUGUACAGUGGACAAGUUUCUAUUGUUCCUCACAAACAUGAACCUAGACCUAAUUGCGGUGAGAGAGGUUGCUGGCAUACGCAUUGUAGCUCAGCCGUGGAUCUUGCCCUUGACACCCUUGCUGCUGCUAGAUACUUUGGUGUCGAACAGCUUGCAUUGCUCACUCAGAAGCAACUAGCCAGCAUGGUAGAGAAAGCCUCCAUAGACGAUGUGAUGAAAGUACUAAUAGCUUCAAGAAAGAAAGAAAUGAACCAAGUUUGGACAACAUGUUCCCACCUUGUUGCCAAGUCGGGUCUUCCACCCGAAAUUCUAGCCAAGCAUCUUCCUAUCGAUGUUGUAGCCAAAAUUGAAGAGCUUCGUCUCAAAUCAUCCUUAGCCCGCCGUUCCUUAAUGCCACUGCACCACCAUCAACACCACCACUACCACGACCUCGGGGAUCUAGAGGACCAGAAAAUCCGCCGAAUGAGGCGUGCUCUUGACUCUUCGGAUGUGGAACUGGUCAAACUCAUGGUCAUGGGAGAAGGCCUAAACCUGGAUGAAGCAUUGGCAUUACACUAUGCAGUAGAGAAUUGCAGCAGAGAAGUGGUGAAAGCCUUGCUCGAACUAGGUGCUGCUGAUGUUAACUACCCGGCUGGACCGGCCGGGAAAACUCCGCUUCACGUGGCCGCCGAGAUGGUUUCGCCGGAAAUGGUGGCAGUUUUGCUUGAUCACCAUGCAGACCCCACAGUAAGAACCGUUGAUGGUGUGACACCUUUGGAUAUACUCAGAACCCUAACUUCUGAUUUUCUCUUCAAAGGUGCUGUUCCUGGACUAACCCACAUUGAACCAAACAAGUUAAGAUUGUGUUUGGAACUUGUUCAAUCCGCAGCUCUUGUUCUCUCACGUGAAGAAAACAAUAACAACAACAAUGCUUCUUCAUCAUCAGCGCAGAUUUACCCUCCAAUGAGUGAAGAUCAUAGCAGCAGCAGUAGUGGAAACAACAAUAAUAAAAACACUGGUAACCUGAAUUCGGAUUCAAGAUUGGUGUACCUGAACCUUGCUGCUACUCAAAUGGGUGGUGGUGGUGAUGAUGAUAGUGGACACAAUAGUCAAAGGGAAGCCAUGAAUCGUCAAGGAUCUCAAGCUGGUCAUGGAUGUGACCCAACAAUGUACCAUCACUCUCAUGAUUUCUAA